AUGGCGAGCGCGUCUCAAUUACCAACUAUUCCUGUCCCAGGAACGACAACGCCCUUCCAGUUCCCGCCCACGUAUUCCUUCCCUCCCUUCUUCACCCCUCAGCCGAACAGUUCGACGCGGCUCUCCCAACUUCAGAAAUGGUCAUCGCUCAUCCAGUCAUGGUGCCGACAUCACCGGGUCUAUCGGCUCUCUCUCAUCGAAGCGGUCGAGAGCCCUCUCUUCCACAACGCCGCGCUGCGAAAACGAAUCAGUCUCAGCGAGGCACGCGCGAUUCUGGACUGGAUGGCGCGCGGAGAGGAAGAAGGGGGUGGAGGCAAGAGGUCCGAAUGGAUCGACGGCGGGAAUAAAACGAUGGCUUGGAUUUGGUGGAGGAGACCGGAAGAAUGGGCGGGUAUCAUCAUGGACUGGGUCGAAGGAACCGGACAGAAGAACAUGGUCCUCACGGUUUAUGAAUUAGUGGAGGGUGAAGGUACUAUGUCUCAAGAAUUCCAUGGCAUGGACUCCGACAUCAUGCUCAAAUCUUUGACUAUCCUCGUUAAGCGUGGAAAAGCACAGGUCUUCGGGAGCGAGGGCCAGGAAGGUGUCAAGUUUUUCUGA